UUACGUCUGUCAAAGGAGCGGCAGACGCCGCUGCGAGAGAUAAAGUAGAAGGCGAGCGGCGGGACCGGGGGCAGACUCGACAGCCACCGCGAUGGGAAGCAGCUCCCCUCAGCAGCGGCAGCGCCAGCCCAGCUAAAGCCUCCGGAGGGGACGGCGGCGGCCCCGGGAGCCCGGCCCGGCGAGGGGCAGCGGGGCAGGCGCGGGCGGCGGCCCCGGCUCCUCUCUCGCAGCAGCAGCAGCAGCAGCAGCCGAGCUCAGCUCGCUUCCACCCGCCCCCCCAUCCCGCCUCUCCCCCGACCCUCCGCCUCUCGCUCGCCUUCUGCAGCCGCGCUCGGAUUUAGGGAUAAAGUGGGAGGAGGAGGAGGAGGCAAAGGGGGGGUGUGGGGGGUGUCGUCGCUUCCAUUUGUUUAUCCACGGAGGGGUGAAGUCUCCCGGUGGAAAGCGGAGCCGCCGGGGGGCCGGGAGGACGCCGGAGGGAGGGCGGUGGGUGAGUGGCGAGCCCCCAGCAGCGCGGCCUUUCGCGGGGGCGCUGGGGGGGGCGGCAGGAGGAGGAGGGCCGGGGCUGGGGCUGGCCGCCGCGGACCUGGCCGUAGAUGACUGCAGAAGCGCAGCAGGCUCUGUCCUCUCAGCCCCCUCCUCCUCCGGUGCAGAGCAGCUACGGCCCCAUGUCCUCCGUGGCUGAGAAGCAGCCGCAGAGCUCGGCCAUGGACGCCGCCUCCGCGGGGACCGGCGGAGCGGCCGGCAGCGCCCCGGGCAGCGGCGGGGCCCCGGGCGGCGGCGGCCCCAAGGCGAAGAAGACGAACGCGGGGAUCCGGCGGCCGGAGAAGCCGCCUUAUUCCUACAUCGCCCUCAUCGUCAUGGCUAUCCAGAGCUCUCCCUCCAAACGCCUGACCCUCAGCGAGAUCUACCAGUUCUUGCAGAGCCGCUUCCCUUUCUUCCGAGGCUCCUACCAGGGCUGGAAAAACUCGGUGCGCCACAACCUCUCGCUCAACGAGUGCUUCAUCAAGCUGCCCAAGGGCUUGGGACGCCCGGGCAAGGGCCACUACUGGACCAUCGACCCGGCCAGCGAGUUCAUGUUCGAGGAGGGCUCGUUCCGCCGCCGGCCCCGCGGGUUCCGGAGGAAAUGCCAGGCGCUGAAGCCCAUGUACAGCAUGAUGAACGGGCUCAGCUUCAACCACCUCCCCGACAGCUACGGCUUCCAGGGCUCGGCCGGCGGGCUCUCCUGCCCCCCCAACAGCCUCUCCCUCGAAGGGGGCUUGGGGAUGAUGAACGGGCAUUUGUCCAGCAACGUGGAGGGGAUGGGCCUGGCGGGACACUCCGUGCCCCACCUGCCCGCCAACGGUGGGCACACCUACAUGGGCGGCUGCACCGGCUCCUCGGCCGGGGAAUACCCGCACCACGACAGCUCCGUGCCCGCAUCCCCGUUGCUCCCCGCCGGCGGCGUGAUGGAGCCGCACUCGGUUUACUCCAGCUCGGCCUCGGCGUGGGCGCCCAGCGCCUCGGCCGCCCUCAACACCGGCGCGUCCUACAUCAAGCAGCAGCCCCUGUCGCCCUGCAACCCCACGGCCAACCCGCUCUCCUCCAGCCUCUCCACGCAUUCCCUCGACCAGCCCUACCUGCACCAGAACAGCCACAACACCGCCGACCUCCAGGGCAUCCCGCGGUAUCACUCGCAGUCUCCGAGCAUGUGCGACAGAAAGGAAUUCGUCUUCUCUUUCAACGCCAUGGCCUCCUCCUCCAUGCAUUCGGCGGGCAGCGGCUCCUAUUACCACCAACAAGUGACAUACCAGGACAUCAAGCCGUGCGUUAUGUGAGCCGAGCCGGACAAACCCCGCUCCUGGGAGCCGGAGCCGGGCGCUGAGCAUCCCCCAGGACGCUCUGGGUGCCAGGGGAUGUCCCAUGUCCCCAUGCCCCAUGUCCCGUAUCCCAGCCCGGCUUUGGGCAGCAGGAAUGGACCGGAGCCGGGCGCUGAGCAUCCCCCAGGACGCUCCGGGUGCCAGGGGAUGUCCCAUGUCCCAUGUCCCAGCCUGGCUUUGGGCAGCAGGAACGGAGCUCCGGCAGCGAGCUGAGCAUCGAGCCCGUCUGUGCCUCCUUUUUCUGCUCGGGGAGGGAUGGUGGAGAAAGCAAAAGCAGCCCCCCCGUCCGUCCCGAAAGCCCCGGCUGCCAGUUUGGGGUGAGGCUUUGCCAAAUGAGGUUUUGAUGCUUCUUUAAAAAAAAAAAUUGCAAACUCAGUUUGGGAGUUGGCGGUGAGCGAUGCCACCGGCUCGGGCUGAGGGGCUGGAAAAGACCCCGAACUCAAAUGCCCUCGGUGUCGUCUCACUUCGAGCCCGGAAAAAUACUUUAAACAUUUUUUUUCCUUCCCUUUUUAAUUUUUUUUUUUUUGCCGGCCAACACCCAGCGGGCAAAAAAAUCUCUCAGAGGGAUUUUUUGGAACUAUGAAUUUUGGUUUUUUUGCCUGCAUAAAGACUGCAGGAUCAGACCCUAUGCAGAGAGAACAAGGCACUUUGGAAAGAGACAGCCAUGCUCAUCCUGUUAUUUAUUCUACAAUUUUUUUUUUGUUGUUGUUGUUGCUAAUAAUCGAGACACGAAUAGUCUCAGUUGAUCAGUAUUAAAUCGGGGAAUCUCUGUUGGCAAUAUUUGCCAUAUAGAUUUGGGUUUUUUUAGUUAACCUUUGUAAAUUUGCAAGCGACCGUGGUCUCUGUGUAAAGACAAUCCUCCAUAUGUUUUUAUAGAAAUAUAUAUAUAAUGAAGGAUUAUUCCCCUCCCUCCCCUCUCUAUUUUUUUUUUCCCACCCUGACGUUGUACAGUUCGGUGACACCUAUUUUAAUUCUUUCUGCACUGUAUAAAAUUGUAAUUAUGUGGGUUUGUUUUUUUGAUUUUUUCGCCUUUUUUUUUUUUUUUUGUGUACGUUUUGUCC